AUGGGCCAUUUCCGUGGCCAGCCUAUGGUGAUCUAUCCCACAUUCAUCGAUCUGGGAAGGGCUGCGUGUUGUCUAGCUGGAGCGCCAUCACGAGAAGGGAGAGAGGUAUUCACUGCGAUCGGAACCGCCCUGGAUUCGCCGCCCAAGUGGUUCGUGGCCGAUAGUGCGAUCCUGAUCUGCGGCCAGACGCGUGCCUGGCCGAUGGCGACUUCCCCUUUCAGCCGCCAGUUGAAGCAGGAGGAUGAGAUGCGCCAUGUGUCUUCUCAGGGUGGUUCGGGCAACCCGCAUCAUCGUUCGGGACCGAAGCAUAAAUCCGCUCGCCUCUAUUUCGGGGAAGCACCUAGGCACCUAGGUAGUUCUCCAACAUCUGUGCUCGCAGUGUUCUCCAAGAUGCUGCCCCUACCUAGCGUAGCGGGAGAUUCGCCCUCGCUCAAAGCUGCCAUGUACUCGUAUGUAUGGGUUGCACAAUAG